GCAUCCAAUCGUUCGUCGUUUGCGUUUCAUGUGUCUAUUCAUUUCAAUUGGUAUUUCUGUUUUUGCUAAAGUGUAGUUACUUACUCAUCAUAUUCUAGUUCAAUUUUAUAUACAAGAAAAUAAAUAUUUGCUGCAUAAGGUUUCCAAACAAUAUUGUAUUAGUUUUGAAAGAUGGAGUUGCCAAAAUUGGGUGAACGUUGCAGCCAUGUUGAUUGUAAGCAGUUGGAUUUUUUGCCUGUUCUUUGUUCACUAUGUCAAGGAACAUUCUGUAAAGACCACUCCUUCCCCUCAAACCACAGUUGUACAAAAGUUGUAGACAAUGUUAUCCAAGAGAAAAGGAGUACAUCAGAGUGGUUCUCUUGCCAUGCACCAGAAUGCAAGGAACGCAGUGCGGUGGAGAUGCUGUGUACCAAAUGUGGCUUCCAUUUUUGUCUCACCCAUCGUCACCAUGACAGCUGUUAUGCUAAUCAAGAGGAUGUGUUGCCAUGGAGAUUACCUAAGAUGCAAUUCGCCAAAGCUAAAGAGGAGACUGAUAAGCAAGUUGAAGAAAAACUAAAAGCUGCUCAGAAAGACACAGCGACUAGAGCCACUGCUAACAAGAUUCGCCUGAUGAAAAUUAAAGGAAAGGCAGUGGGAGACAACAAGAUCCCGACGACCGAUCGCAUUUUCUUCACUGUUCAUCCCCCUCUGAACAACCCCUCACAGACAAGCCGUCCACUCUUUGUGUCUAAAACCUGGACAGUGGGAAGAAGUUUGGAUUUGUUUUCAAAAAAAUUAAACACAGAAAAUAACAAUUCAAAACCUGGCGCACCCAAACUAAAGAUUUUCCGGAAAGAAGAUGGAGUUUGUUUACCAAUGGAUGCUAUUAUGGGUUCUUUAUUACAAGACUGUUUAUUGUCUGAUGGUGAACCACUAAUUUUGGAAUAUGUUACAACUGACACUGUUGCAGAAGUUUCAGAAACAUUGUUAUAUAUGGAUAAGUAUAAUAAAUAAUGUCCUUUUUA